AUUCUCAAGUGCAAGACCGGGCCUGAGGCCUCUUGGCUUAGUUAGACAAAGCUUCAUCCUGACCGUUGAUUCUGAAAACUAACGGUCCAGAUGAUAGAUCUCUCAAUCCCUUUGUUCCUAUCGUGCACCAAAAGGCCCUUUUCCCGAAGAUCGAAAAAGGAGCAGCUUUGAGCUUGGCCGGCGCCGGAUCGCUCCGGUUUCUCCCUCUGGAUCUCCAUCGGAUCUCUUCUCCACCAUCCAAUCACCUAACGGCGAACCCUAAUCGUGCUCAAAGUGAUUUGAGUUUUGUAGAUGGUUUUUUUUCUCGGGUAUUGGUUGUUGAUCUUUAGUUAGGGAUGUUGGCUUUGAAUGAGGUCGUGGAGCAGCUAAUGGAGGAAGGUGUGUCUGAGGAUGUUGAUCCGGUUGCUAGCAAACGGCCGAGGAAAUCGAGGUCUAGGGUUUGGAAUGAUUUCAAGAAGGUGUAUGUUGGGAAUAAAGUCAAAGCUGCGAUUUGCAACCAUUGCAAGUCUCAGCUCACGGCAGGCAGUAAUGGUGGCACAAGCCACUUAGCAAGGCACCUCAGGAAAUGCCCUAGACGUAUCUUGUUGAAUGAGAAGCCUCCGUCUUUGCCGUGUGCUCGGCCGGCAGCUGGGAAGGCGAGUAGUUUGAAAGAUUGGACCUUUGAUCAGGAGAUUAGUAGGAGCAAAUUGGCUAGGAUGGUAGUUUUGCAUGAGUAUCCAUUCAGCAUUGUGGAACAUGAGGGAUUGAAUGAUUUCUUGUCGAGUCUUAAUCCCAUGUUCAAGAUGAUAACUCCGAGCGUCGUGAAAGAGGAUUGCUUGGCCAUGUUUGAGAAGGAGAAGAAGAGCAUGAGGGAGAAGUUCAUUUCUUCGUGUCAACGGGUUGCGCUUACCUCCAACAUGUGGAGCUCCAAGCAAGGGUUGGAGUAUCUUUCUCUUACAGCGCACUUCAUAGAUGAUGAGUGGAAGCUACAGAAGCGGGUUCUCAUGUUCUCCAUGGUGGAAUCUCCUCGGAAUGCCAUGGCGGUGGCGAAUGUUAUCUUGAAAGGUGUUAGAGAGUGGAAUCUUGAUGGUCGGAUUUCAAACAUUACACUGGAUGAUGGCCCCAUGAAUGAUGCACUUGUUACUGAUUUAAAGGAGAACCUUUUGCUUAGAAACUCGCUUCUGCUUAAUGGAAAACUGUUUCAUGUGAGAUGUGCUGCUCAUGUUCUUAACUUCAUAGUUCAAGAUGGUUUGAAAGAGAUUCAUGCCGUCAUUUAUAAUGUAAGAGAAAGUAUCAAAUAUUUGAAAAGCUGUCCAUCAAGAAAGCAAAAGUUCCAAGAAUUAGUUCGUGAGGUCGGAAUAUCCUAUGCAAGAGGCCUAUGUUUGGAUGUGGCAAGUCGGUGGAACUCAACCUAUUAUAUGUUGGAGAGAGCAGUUCAAUUCAAAAAAGCGUUUACAUCUUUGGCGCUCAUUGAUUCAGGUUAUAAGUUUGCACCUUCCAUUGAUGAUUGGAGAAGAGCUGAGAUUGUUUGUAAGCUUUUGAGGACAUUCUACAAUGCUAUUAAGGUGGUUACUGGAUUCCAUUCCCCUACAUCAAAUUUGUCCUUCCAUGAGAUGUGGAAAGUGAGGACCAUCUUACACCAAGAGGUUUCAAAUGAAGAUCACUUCAUUGGCACCAUGGCAAGGGACAUGCAAAAGAGGUUCGACAAAUAUUGGAAGGUCUCUUAUCUUCACUUGGCUAUUCCGGUCAUCUUAGAUCCACAAUUUAAAAUGAAGUAUGUCGAAUAUCGAUUUACACAAGCUUUUGGUAAUGAAGCUCAUAAGUAUGUCGGUGAAGUUUACAAUGCAAUGCUUGCUCUUUUUGGUGAGUAUCACAUGAGAUCAAACUCUCAACUUAUUACCCGGGAAAUGCAUACAAGCAUAGCUAGAGAAGCUGUUGGAACAUCAAGAGAUAUCGAUUCACUUCUGGACUGGGAUCAACACAUCAGCCAGCAAAAUAGUAUUCCUAGAGAUGUGGUUGGGACCUCAAGGGAUGAUAUUGAUGCACUAUCAGAUUGGGAUCAGCAUGUCAGUCAGCAAACCAAUUAUCAGAUCGUGACAGAACUCGAUAGAUACUUGGAAGAUGGCAUUUUUCCCCGGAAGAAUGAUUUUGAUAUUUUAAAUUGGUGGAUGGUGAGCGAGACCAAAUAUCCAACUCUAGCACGAAUAGCUCGAGAUGUGUUAGCAACUCCGGCUGCUACUGUUGCUUCAGAAUUGGUAUUCAGCUCGGGAGGAAGAUUUCUCAAUGAUUUUAGAAGUUCAUUGAGUUGUGAAACGGCCGAGGCUCUUAUUUGUACUCAAGAUUGGCUGCGUGCCGGAAAAACCACUGGCAUGGGGACAAUUAAUGACCUUGAAGAUGACCUUUCGAAUCUCGAACUAUGAUAUCUUUAAUGAACAAGGAGCUGGAGAGGAGGAAAUGUGAGAACACUGAACCACCUUGCUCUUAGGAAGAGUUAUAAUUGGGUAGCCACCUAGACUUUGACAAUAUUGUUCCUGCUUGUUGAGCUGGAAUUCUUCAAUGCUGCUUGGACCCUCUCGAUUGAAUGUAAGUUAUGUAUUUUUAGUUUGGAAAAUUUGGAUUUAUAUGUAUUUUAGUAGCAAUAAAUCAUCCCUCCCAUCUUAUCAUCAGUGCAGCAUAUGAUGUCAUAGUUUUUGACCUCACUUCCCUUGUGUAAUGUCAAAAUGUGUUAAUUACGGCCAAUUUCGCAAAAUAAUAAAGUUGAUAAAUUGUGUGUA